AACAAACCGAACAAGCUCAAGUAACGAAAUCAAAGCAUGGGAAGCCUCAAGUCUCUGGUUAUCUUGGCUUUGCUUUUUUCCCUCUCUCUCGCUGUUUUUGCCGACACAUCCAACGAUGCUUCUACACCUAAAGAUGAAGUGAAGCCAAGUGAAGCGACCGAUGCCAUAGGGCAACAUCAACCCCAGGCUGCGGAGGCCGAAACCGAGGCCAACGAUGUUGUUGUUGAACCUCAGCAGCGGGUCCGUUGUGGCUGUAUAAACGGAUGUUGCGGAAUCUGCCGUUAUGGACGGUGCAGCUACUGUUGUCCCAGACCAAAAUCCGAGGAGGCCGUGGAAACCGAAGCUAUUGAUGCCAACGUUGUUGAACCUCAGCAAGGGGGCCGUUGUGGCUGUAGAUACAGAUGUUGCAGAAUCUGCCAUUAUGGACGGUGCAGCUACUGUUGCCCACGUGCUCAAGCGGAGGCUGAAGUUGUUGAGCCCCAACGACGUAGCAGAUGUAGGUACGGUUGCUGCGGAAGCUACGCUUAUGGGCAGUGCAGUGCUUGUUGUUCCAAGAAGAUGGCUACUGAAGAAGCGGAGAAAAAGGAAGAAGCUAAGAGCAGCAUUAACCACAACACCCCAUUAGGGGUGCUUAAUCACUUUUUUUAUUAUUAA